AUGACCAUGGCCAGGGCUUACGUCGCGUUACUCAACUCCACGACAACCACGACGACGUGUCUAGUUGGCUCGAACCAGGACAUCACCACACUGCCGACCCCCUCGCCGCCCCCGCCUAAGCCAUACAACCUCACCGCCCGCUCCACGCCCGCCUCUGCCUUCCCCAGGCCCAAGGACUCCGCCCCAUAUACCUUCUCAAGGCUGCCAAUGCCUCUCGAGCUUGCCAUCUCCUCGCGGGCGCAUUGGCUCAGCCGAGUGCGCUCAUGUCUCCGCCUGCUCAUCAUCGUCCUGAGCGGCGCCGUCGUCUGCAUGUUGAUGCACACGUUUGAGAUUUAUCGAGGCAACCGCUACAUCGACCUGCGCAAGGGAGAGUUGCCCAUGGUCUGGCCCGCCCACACAAAUCUCGCCCCGAGCAUCGUGCUCUUCUGCAUUGCCGCCGCCAACUUCCUCGCCUCGGUCGCCAUCCUCACCCUCUCCUUCAAGCGCUCCUUCCGUCGCCCCUUUCGCUCACGAGAUGUAUAUCGUGUCGUUGCCGGCAGCUUCGGCGUCAUCACCUGGAUCACAGCGCUAGUGGUAUUCUACUUGCUCAACAAGGCGAGCAAGGCCAGCUUGGGUCGAUACUCGUGCACAAAUAAGAACUUGUUGACAAAUGGGCGAUACCAGUAUCGCGCUGUUUGCGAGGAGCAGGGAGUCGCAUUCUACACCGCCAUCGGUGCUGCCUGUGCAGAGGUCCUUACGCUUAUCACCCUCGCCAUUUCUGCAGCCUUGUCGGCCAAGAACAACCAGGAACCAGUCCCGACGAUACAGAUCCGCGAGAAGAAUAACUCCAUAAGCUCGGGAUCAAAGUACAAUAGGCCUCUAAAACGAUGA